ACCCGGCGCGUUACACGACCUCCGCGGAGCUGAUCAUGUGACUCAGUGCACUGCUGACUGCCCAAGUGAAAGACGUCUCUUUGACUGACUGCUGAAGUUGAUCCAGUUGUAAGAGACACCAGAGUUAAAAUGAAGCUGCGGAUGGAAACACUCGGUGUCCUCUUCCUCUGGGCCUGUCUGGACUCGGUUGUCUCCCGCAGGUGCUCGUCUUCCUUCUUCUGCCGGAAGUCUCACCGUGUGAGCGCCGCGAGCGGCGUCGACCCCGGGUCUCCCCUCUUCCUCACUCCCUACGUGGAGAAGGGCGCCAUAGAUGAAGCCAGGGAGCGGAGUCUGGUCGGAGAUCUGCCAGGCGCCAACGUCAAGAGUUACGCCGGGUACCUGACCGUCAACAAGAAGUACCAGAGCAACCUCUUCUUCUGGUUCUUCCCCGCGCUGAUGGGAAACCAAGACAAAGCUCCGGUCCUGCUGUGGCUGCAGGGCGGCCCUGGUGGCACCUCCAUGUUCGGCCUCUUUGUGGAAAACGGACCAUAUGUGGUGUAUAAGAACAUGACUGUUGGUUUGAGGGAUUAUGCUUGGACGUCCAGGUACUCAGUUUUGUACAUUGACAAUCCGGUUGGAACGGGUUUCAGCUUCACCAAUGAUGACAAAGGUUUUGCUCAAAACCAGGAUGACGUUGGCAGAGAUCUGUACAGUGCUUUAACACAGUUCUUCCAGAUAUUUCCUGAGUAUCAAUCCAAUGAGUUCUAUGCUACUGGAGAGUCUUAUGCAGGGAAGUAUGUUCCUGCCAUCUCCUACUACAUCCAUAAAAACAACCCCACGGCCAAAGUGAAAAUAAACUUCAUGGGGAUGGCUAUUGGGGACGGGCUCUGUGAUCCUGAACUGAUGCUGGGUGGUUACGGCGACUUCAUGUACCAAACCGGCAUGAUAGACGAACACCAAAGACAGUACGUCGUCCAGCAAACAGACCUGGGGGUCACACUCAUCCAGCAGCAGAAGUGGAUCGAGGCUUUUCAGGUUUUUGACAGCUUGCUGAAUGGCGACAUGGAUCCGUAUCCCUCCUUCUUCCAAAACGCAACCGGCUGCACGAACUACUACAACUACAUGACCUGCCGGGAGCCUGAGGACCAGGAGUACUUCUCCCCGUUUGUGACCCUGCCAGCAGUGCGACGUGCCAUCCAUGUGGGGAACCUGACCUUCCAUGACGGCUCGGAGGUGGAGAAGCACCUCGUGCAGGAUGUGAUGAAGAGCAUCAAGCCGUGGCUCGGGGUGUUGAUGGACAACUAUCGGGUCCUAAUCUACAGCGGUCAGCUGGAUGUCAUUGUAGCAGCGCCGCUGACCGAGAGGUUCCUGCCGACUGUCAACUGGAGCGGAGCGGCCGAGUACAAAACGACCCCUCGUUACCACUGGAAGGUUCAGCCCAGCGACACAGAAGUGGCCGGUUACGUGAGACAAGUGGGGGAGUUUUACCAGGUCAUCAUCCGAGGAGGAGGACACAUUCUGCCUUACGACCAGCCGGCGAGGUCCUUCGACAUGAUUGACAGAUUUCUUUCAACGCGGGGCUGGAUGUGAAGUGUUUCAGUCUCACAAGACUGACCAAGGCACCUCCACUUCAAAGAGCAUAUUUUUAAUUCAUUUGAGAUCAGCACAUUGUUGAAUUUUUACACAUUUAAGUAUUUUAGCAGGUGAAUUUUGCUUUGAAAAUUCAAUAAGUUGUUUUAAUGUGGAGCCAACUCUGUCCCAUUUAUGAGAACAAACAUUGCAGGUUUAUAAUUGUAUGAGGUGAAUAUAAUCUGUGGCAUUCAAUCAGAACAUGCUUCCUGAUGAAGAGAACCCACUUAAUUAGCUUUGAAAUAGUUCUGAGUGCACUGAUAAUUGUAGAAGGCCGGCCAGUGAGUUUUAAAGUGUUUUAAUGAUUUGACAUCUGUUGCAUUGUUCAGCUGAUGAUGCAUUUUUUAAAUGUUUUUUUGUCCCCUCAAAUGUUUGGUUGGUCUAGAAAAUGUCCACCAGGGGUCACUGUGCCUAAAGUCAUGGUAAAGCCAGAAAUAAAACCAUAUAAUUUUACUAAA